AUGGCUGAGAGAAUGAGCGGCAGUGCUAGCGGCAGUGAGGAAGAGGCGCUCACUAUUGAUAUGGAUGCUGUUGCGGGGCCGUCUAGCGAAGCAGUCACUCCUCAAAACAGGAUUUCUAAACCUGACGAAGGCUUGGCGAACGCUCCGGCAAGGAAAAAACCGAAGCCCAUUUUUACCUCCAGAUAUCAAGAUCCUCCUCCCAACGAGUUAGGAGGAACAGAGAGAUGGUGGGGCCCCCCAUCCAUCAUCUUGACAGAAGGUGUAUUUUAUAUCUCUCUGAAAUCUGUAAAGACUCAUACAUGCAUUUUAUUUGAUCAGCACAGAAAGUUUGUAUCGUUUGGUUUCGAGGCUAAAAUGAAAUACACCAAGAUGCUUAGUAAUGAGGCGAGAACACAUUUUUUCUUUGAAAACUUCAAGAUGAAUCUGUACAACGCAGCACUUGACCGGGACAUGACGAUUCAGACUUGUGAUGGGAAGUCAAUGAGCGCUGUAAAAGUAUUUUCUGAGAGUCUUCGCUUCCUGAAAGACCACGCCCUAAAGAAGAUUGCUGAGCAUACAACAGGCAAGACAUUUAUUGCCUCUGAUGCAACAUGGGUGUUGACUGUACCAGCCAUCUGGGGUGCUUCAGCCAAACAGUUCAUGAGAGAAGCUGCAAAACAGGCAGGUAUCAUAGACAAGUUUGACUCCAAAACCCUGAUAAUCGCCCUGGAACCAGAGGCAGCCUCUGUGUGGUGCAAGCAACUCCCAAAGCAAGGCUUCCUUGGGGUAGGACAGCAAGGGAAUGUUCUGGAGCAAAGCACUGGGACACAGUACAUCGUUGUGGACUGUGGAGGUGGAACAAUUGACAUCACUGCACAUGAAGUGCGAGACCGAGGAUAUCUGAAGGAGCUCCACAAGGCCUCUGGGAAUAAUCUAGGUGGUCAAAUGAUAGAUAGCAAGUUUGAAUCUUUACUCAUUGAGAUAUUUACUGACGAUGUCUGGGCUGAAUUUCAGAAAAGAGAGCCUGGUGAACUGCUUAAGAGAAAGACUGAAUUUUCAUUUGUGAAAUGUGGAGAUGAGGAGGAAGACGAUGAUGACGCUCUCAUCACUUUCCCUGUUAGCUUGAUGGCAAUAGCAGAAGAACAUGGUGAGCAAAAAAUCUCAGAAUUCUUCAAUUAUGUUGAGGGAGUUGAUUGGCAAAAUGGCUACAUUAAAAUUUCUGCUAGCAAGAUGAGGUCUCUUUUUGAGGAAAGCUUAAAAGGUAUAAGCAAUAACAUCAACCAGGUCUUGUCCCACAACGACACUAAUAUCCAGUACAUUCUGCUUGUGGGAGGCUAUGCACAGUGUAAACUACUGCGAAAGCACAUCACGAAGGAGUUUGGUAGAAGAUGUACCGUUCUCUGCCCAGUUGAACCCCAGGCGGCCAUUUUAAAGGGGGCAGUGCUAUUUGGAUUGAAACCUAAAGUCAUAGAAUCACGAGUAAGCACUCGCACAUAUGGCAUUAUGGAAUCUGAGCAUUUCAAUCCAUCUAGGCAUAGCAGAUCGAAAGUUCGCUACAAUAAAGACAGGAUAGAAUAUUGUAAUGUUUUCAAAAGACUGGUAAAAGUGGGAGACUCAAUUGGAUGUAAUGAGGUCAGGGAGCAUUAUCUUACACCAGUAGACAGCGAUCAGAGAGAAAUGGUCUUCCAGUUUUACUGUACGGAGAAGGAGGAUGCCAUUGAGGUGGAUGAGGAUGGAAUGAAGAAUAUUGGCAACUUCACUGUGCCAAUGCCAGACAUCAGCAAGGGCAUGAAUCGAUGUGUGAGGUUAGAAGUCCGAUUUGGCAAUACAGAGAUGCAGGCCACAGCAACUGACAUGGAAUCAAUGCAAACUGAAUCUGUCACACUGGACUUCUUAUGCCACUAA